AAUUCAUUGAUUUCCCAAAACGCCCCUUCACAACACAACCAAAUUUAUCCUCAUCUCUUCUCUCAAUGGUGAACAGCAACCACAACUCCGCCCGUCGCCACCGUGACGAGCCGCCGGCGUCGCGGCGGAGCUUGAGGAGGAAGCUGAACGAGGACGAUCGCUCGCCUGUCGAUCUGCAUCAGGAGCUCAUCAGCCAAAUCCGCGCUCAACUCGAGAUCCUCGAUUCCUCCUUCUCUUCCGCCGAGGAAAGCCGCGAAUCUGCGCAAACCGCACUCAGCAUCCUUGCCGAGCUCGCGAAGAACGAGGAUGUAGUGAAUGUGAUUGUGGAUUGCGAGGCGAUUCCGACACUGGUCAGGCAUCUGCAGAUUCCACCGCCUCUGAGAGAGGGAGACACUGAUCCGAUUCAAUACAAGCAUGAAGUGGAGAAAGCAAGUGCCUUUGCGAUAGGGCUUCUUGCUAUCAAGCCAGAGCACCAGCAACUCAUUGCUGAUGCAGGAGCCAUGCCACUUCUUAUUGAUCUAUUGAAAAGGCAUAAAGAUGGGGUAAACGCUCGAGCAGUGACUGGGGUCAUUAGGAGAGCUGCUGAUGCAAUAACUAAUCUAGUACAUGAGAAUAGCAGCAUUAAAAACCGUGUUAGGGUUGAAGGUGGUAUUCCCCCUCUCGUCGAGUUGCUUGAGUAUUCUGACCCAAAGGUGCAGAGAGCAGCAGCUGGAGCUCUUAGAACACUUGCCUUUAAAAAUGAUGAGAACAAAAAUCAGAUUGUGGAAUGCAAUGCCCUACCCACUCUAAUAUUAAUGCUGCGCUCUGAAGAUUCUGCUGUACAUUAUGAAGCGGUUGGUGUAAUUGGAAAUCUCGUGCAUUCAUCUCCCGACAUUAAGAAAGAAGUGCUUGCUGCUGGAGCUUUGCAGCCUGUUAUUGGUUUACUCAGCUCAACAUGUGCUGAGAGCCAACGAGAAGCUGCUUUGCUGCUUGGGCAGUUUGCUGCUGCAGAGUCAGACUGUAAGGUGCAUAUUGUUCAAAGAGGUGCUGUUUUGCCAUUAAUUGAAAUGCUUGAAUCACCUGAUAUUCAAUUGAAGGAGAUGUCAGCCUUUGCACUGGGGAGGUUAGCUCAGGAUACCCACAAUCAAGCUGGUAUAGCACACAGUGGUGGAUUGUACCCAUUACUAACGCUCCUUGAGUCAAAAAAUGGAUUUUUGCAACAUAAUGCAGCAUUUGCUCUUUAUGGACUAUCUGACAAUGAGGACAAUGUUGCAGAUCUUGUUAGGAUUGGGGGUGUUCAGAAGCUUCAAGAUGGUGAAUUUAAUCUUCAACCUACUAGAGAUUGUGUAGCCAAAACGCUGAAACGACUAGAAGAUAAAAUUCAUGGACGGGUAUUAAGCCAUCUAUUGUAUAUAAUGCGUGUGGGAGAGAAAGAUAUCCAAAGACGAGUGGCUUUGGCUCUGGCACAUCUUUGUUCACCAGAUGACCAUAAAACAAUCUUCAUCGAUAAAAAUGGACUGACGCUACUCUUGGAGUUGCUAGAAUCAACAGACUCAAAACAUCAGAGAGAUGGUUCUGUUGCUUUAAGCAGGUUGGCCAAUAAAGCCAACUCACUUUCUCCUGUGGAAGCAGCUCCUCCUUCCCCAAUAGCUCAGGUGUAUUUGGGUGAGCAAUAUGUAAAUAAGCCUACAUUGUCUGAUGUGACAUUUUUAGUUGAAGGUAAGCGUUUCUACGCACACAGAAUUUGUUUGCUUGCUUCUUCCGAUAUAUUUCGUGCCAUGUUUGAUGGUGGCUAUCGGGAGAGAGAUGCUGAGGACAUAAAGAUUCCGAACAUCAGAUGGGAAGUUUUUGAGUUGAUGAUGAGGUACAUAUACACAGGAUCGGUCGAUAUCAGCUUAGACAUUGCACAGGACGUACUAAGGGCUGCCGAUCAGUAUCUGUUAGAGGGUCUGAAACGUCUCUGCGAAUGCACUAUAGCACAGCAUAUAUCCGUUGAGAAUGUCUCUGUCAUGUACGAGCUGUCUGAUGCGUUCAACGCCACUUCACUGAGGCAUGCUUGCAUAUUGUUCGUCCUGGAAAACUACGAUAGACUAUGUGUGAUGCCAUGGUACGAUGAGCUGAUCCAACGUAUUUUACCGGAGAUGCGGAAUCACUUUGUGAGAGUUCUUACAAGGCCAGUUCACAGUGGAGAGAGCUAAAUAGGUUUGUUUUGAUCACUGACCAAAGUAAUGCUGCUGAAGAUGUACAGUUGUGUAGUUUCAUAGACUCACAUUUUUGGGAAUGACUUUGAUUUUAUACAAAGAAUUAUUUGAUGAUGAA